CAAAACCAUCAUUCAACGAGUAGAUCGACAGGACUGGGAAGAGAUUUGCUCCACAAGUUCAGGACCAACCAACGAUGAAGAACAGCACGCUUGUGGCGAUCCUGGUCGUCCUCCAGGCCAUCAUGGUCAUAGGAAUCCUUUCACACGCCGCCGAUGACAAUUUCCCCAAGUGCUGCGACCACUGCAACUCCUGGUCGGGGUACCAAUUCUGUGACGACGUCGGCCCCAGGUGCCGCGACGGCUGCGUCAACUGCCACGUGGUGGAAACGAGCCCCGUGAAGACGUUCCGGUGUGGAGAUGGACGCCCCGUCCUCGGCGGGCAAGGCACGCCCACGCCCUGCCCACCACCGUGCAAAAAGCAUUGAUCGCUAGAGCUCAGACAGUGAGAUCGAUGUUGCGCCUAAAACAUAAAAUAAAAAGGCUCCGAUGAGAUGAGCAGAGCCACUCCCAGCGUUCUCUUUCCUUUGAGAGAUAAUAUAGUUGAUGUUGCUUUAAAUAAAUAAACACGGGUAUCAGUUUGUAUAUACGUCUCUGCUUAAUCAAAUAAAAAACAGUUUAUUUGUGCGAUGUA